ACACCCAGAAAAACAAAACACACACACCAAAAAAAAGAAAAGAGAGAGAAACUAGAGAGAAGAAGAGAGAGAAACAAAGUCACUAGGCUCGUCGUCGUCGAUGAACAACAACCGUCCCGACUCCGAUAAGCGAGUGUAGAGAGAGAGAGAAAGAGAGGUGUUAUUAUCUCUGAAUCGAGGUUUGAAUUUGAGUGGCUUGCUCGUUCGAUUUCUAGGGUUUAAUCUCACUGGUAAUGUUAAGAGGAAGCUGGUGAUUGAGAGAAUUAGAGACGAAAGAGAAGAAUCAAGUGAAACGCAGAUUCUAGUGUCGUUUUCGUUUGCUUGUUUUUGACACCAGAUGAAGCAGAUCUGAGCUGAGCUGUUGGUAUGAUGACGAGUUCAGUGAAAGGUAAUCAUCAUCACGGAGGAGAAAACGACGCCGUAUCCUCCGUGGUCGUGGUGGCAGGAGAAGGGCAAAAUAGUCAUUUAAACCGUGUUGUUGAUCAAGAAGCUGCUAUCUAUAGAGAGCUGUGGCACGCUUGUGCAGGUCCGCUCGUGACGGUUCCAAGACGAGAUGAUAGAGUCUUCUACUUCCCUCAGGGACACAUCGAGCAGGUGGAGGCAUCGACUAACCAGGCGGCUGAGCAUCAGAUGCCUCUUUAUGAUCUUCCUUCUAAGCUUCUUUGUCGAGUCAUUAACGUUGAUUUGAAGGCAGAGGUAGACACCGACGAAGUUUAUGCGCAGAUCACUCUUCUUCCCGAGCCUAAUCAAGAUGAGAAUGCGAUUGAGAAAGAGGCGCCACCUCUUCCACCGCCUCCGAGGUUUCAGGUGCACUCGUUCUGCAAAACCUUGACUGCGUCUGAUACGAGUACACAUGGUGGGUUUUCUGUGCUGAGGCGGCAUGCGGAUGAGUGUCUCCCACCUCUGGAUAUGUCACUUCAACCUCCUACUCAGGAGUUGGUUGCAAAAGAUUUGCAUGCAAAUGAGUGGCGUUUCAGGCAUAUUUUCCGAGGUCAACCACGGAGACAUUUGCUUCAGAGUGGAUGGAGCGUGUUUGUUAGCUCAAAGAGGUUGGUUGCAGGCGAUGCAUUUAUAUUUCUAAGAGGUGAGAAUGGAGAAUUACGUGUGGGUGUUAGGCGUGCAAUGCGACAACAGGGAAAUGUGCCAUCCUCUGUUAUAUCGAGCCACAGCAUGCAUCUCGGAGUGUUGGCCACCGCGUGGCACGCCAUUUCAACUGGAACCAUGUUUACAGUCUACUAUAAACCAAGGACCAGUCCAUCUGAGUUUAUUGUUCCGUUUGAUCAGUAUAUGGAGUCUGUGAAGAAAAACUACUCCAUAGGCAUGAGGUUUAAAAUGAGAUUUGAAGGCGAAGAGGCUCCUGAGCAGAGGUUUACUGGCACAAUUGUUGGGAUUGAAGACUCUGACCCCAGGAGUUGGGCAAAAUCAAAGUGGCGAUCCCUCAAGGUAAGAUGGGAUGAGACUUCUACUAUUCCUCGCCCUGAAAGAGUAUCUCCGUGGAAAAUAGAGCCAGCUCUUGCUCCUCCCGCUUUGAGUCCUGUCCCCAUGGCUAGGCCUAAGAGGCCCAGAUCUAAUAUGGCUCCUUCAUCUCCUGACUCUUCCAUGCACAUAAAAGAAGGCUCAUCUAAGGCAAAUUUAUACCCUCUACCGGCAAGUGGACUUUCAAGGGUCUUGCAAGGUCAAGAAUACCCGACCUUGAGAACAAAGCAUACUGAGAGUGCAGAGUGUGAUGCUCCUGAAACUUCUGUUGUGUGGCAAUCCUCAGCGGAUGAUGACAAGGUUGAUGUGGCUUCUAGAAGAUAUGAUAACUGGAUGUCCUCAGGCAGGCAUGAAGCGAGUUACACGGAUUUGCUUUCUGGCUUUGGGGCGAACGGAGAUCCGUCCCAUGGUCAUCAAAUACCAUUUUAUGACAACCAUUCAUCAUCACCCUCAGUGACUGCAAAGAAAAUCCUUAGUGAACAGGAUGCCAAAUUUGAUUAUCUUGCUAACCAGUGGCAGAUGAUGCACUCUGGUCUUUCCCUGAAGUUACAUGAAUCUCCUAAGAUCCCCGCAGCAUCUGAUGCCUCUUUCACCCAAGGUCAAGGUAAUGCCAGAUAUGGGGAAUAUCCAGUGCUUCAUGCUCUGACGACUGAGACUGCUGGUAGUAACUGGCCAAUACGUCCCCGUGCUUUGAAUUAUUUUGAGGAAGCGGUUCAUGCUCAAACGCAAGCUCAGGCACAAGCUCAGGCUAGGGAGAAUGUGACGAAACAACCUGCGGUGGUUCAAGAGGAGACGGCAAAGCCAGGAGACGGGAACUGCAGGCUUUUUGGCAUUCCUCUGGUCAACAACGUCAAUAAGACCGAUUCAACUAUGUCUCAGAGAAACAAGUUGAAUGAGACCUCUGGGUUUACACAGCUGGCAUCUCCGAGGGUUCAGGAUCUUUCUGAUCACUCAAAAGGGUCAAAAUCGACAAAUGAUCAUCGUGAACAAAGCAAACCAUCCCAAGCAAAGGACGGUCAUUGUAAAACAAACUCAAGUAGGAGUUGCACAAAGGUUCACAAGCAGGGGAUUGUGCUUGGCCGGUCAGUGGAUCUCUCAAAGUUCCAGAACUACGAGGAGUUAAUAGCUGAAUUGGAUAUGCUGUUUGAGUUCAAUGGAGAGUUGAUGGCUCGUAAGAAGGAUUGGCUGGUAGUUUACACAGAUGAUGAAGAUGAUAUGAUGCUCGUUGGAGACGAUCCAUGGCAGGAGUUUUGUUGCAUGGUUCGCAAGAUCUUCAUAUACACGAAAGAGGUAGUCAUGAAGAUGAACUCGGGAACUCUAAGCUGUAGGAGUGAGGAAGAAGUAGCAGUUGUUGGGGAAGGAUCAGAUGCAAAGGACGCCAAGUCUGCAUCGAAUCCUUCAUUGUCCAGCGAACUCUUGAACCAAAAGAACCAACUACAAGCCGAGGGAGACGUAGAAACCCAAAUCAGGAGGAGAGGUUGAUGGUGGAGCCUGGAGAAAAAGAGAGUUGCAAUUUUUGGAGUAUUUUGUCACCGUUUAGAAUAUUUUAGCAACACCACCCUAUUAAUAUCGAAUAAUAAUAAAGUGAACAAAAGGGGGUUAUAUAUAGGUAUUUAAUAUAGGUAGAAUAUGAAAGGCUCUUUCAUAAGUAGUAGAAAUGAUGGUUGGAGUUGUUAGAUGGAGGUUGGUCUCGGUUCUUUGUUAUUUAGUUUUUUAAAUCUCUUGCAGAGAUCUCUUUAAAGUCUUUUUAUUGUUUUAUAUAUAUUAUUGAUGGACAAUGUACAUAAGGUUUUUAGAAAAAAUUAAACAGUAUUCUAUCUACUCA